GGGGCUGAGAGUUAACAGCCAUGGCCGCCUUGAGAAGAACCGUCCUGGCUCUCGCUCAUAAUGUGAAGAAAAAUACCCGGGCAUUUACCGCGUCUGCAGCUGGAAAACAAUCCGAUUCAAAGGCGUUAAAGGCGGCGAAAGCUGUAGCGGCGCUGGGGACAUGUGUCACAGCUGUGGGGUACUGCUACUACUACUACAGCUCCGAGGAGGGCAGAGGACGAGCGGGACUGACCACACGCACCGAGACGUGGUUCCUGCCUUCGGUCUCAGCAGAUCAGGCCCGGACACCUCGCCUGGUUGAUGGAGAGGUUUAUAUGUCUUCUUAUGAAAAUAGGUUCAGACUCUUCAGCUCCAUAGAAUAUGAUGGACAACUUUUCAUGACUCCACUCAACUUUAUCGAAUCAGUCACUCUCAACGAACCAAAAAGCCGAAAAGGAUGGAGGUCCCUCACCAAAAAGGAAUUAGACAAGAUACUGUCAGAUACUCCUCCUAUUUGGAAAGGAUCAUCAAACAUGUUCAGGAAUCUCCGUGAACGAGGUGUCAUCAGCUAUACAGAGUACCUCUUCCUCAUCUGCAUCUUAACAAAGCCUCAUGCUGGAUUCAGGAUCGCUUUCAACAUGUUUGAUGCAGAUGGAAAUGAAAUGGUUGACAAAAGGGAGUUCUUGGUGCUUGAAGAAAUUUUCCGCAAGAAAAAGGAGAGAAAGGGAGUAACAGAGGACGGCGAAGGGUCUGAACAGAUAUUACAGCUCUACGGCCACCACAAACCUCUCCAACCCACUUCUGUGGAUGACAAAGCAGAGACUACACUCCUGGUCCACUUCUUUGGUAAAAAAGGCAAAGCAGAGCUGAAAUUUGAAGACUUUUACAAAUUCAUGGAUAACCUGCAAACCGAGAUGCUGGAGGUGGAGUUUUUGACGUUUUCGAAAGGAAUGCCGACCAUCAGUGAGGAGGACUUUGCUCGGAUCCUUUUACGCUACACAAAUGUAGAUGAUGUCAGCGGGUACCUGGAGAACGUACGGAGCAACAUGCCAGAUGAGAAGGGAAUCACCUUUGAAGAGUUCAGGUCAUUCUUCCAGUUCCUUAACAACCUAGAAGAUUUCACCAUCGCAAUGCAAAUGUACAACUUUGCCAAUCGCUCCAUUGGACAAGAGGAGUUUACCCGAGCCGUGUAUGUUGCCACUGGUGUCACUUUGACUCGUCAUUUGGUGAACACAGUAUUUAAAAUCUUUGAUGAGGAUCACGACGACAAACUCAGCUACAAAGAGUUCCUCGGGGUAAUGAAGGACAGACUACAGCGUGGAGAAGGGCGCUUCAGAGCCGAAGAGAAGUUUGUGUCUUUCAAGGCUUGUUUGAAGAAAGAAUUGUCUCACAAAUAGGGACUCCCAGACUUCCCUCACCCCAGACACGUCCUCCAGCUCCUCCGGUGGGACCCCAAGGCGUUUCCAGGCCAACCGAGAGACAUAGUCCCUCCAGCAUGUCCUGAGUCUUCCCCGGGGCCUCCUCCCAGUGGGACAUGCCCAGAACACCUCCCUAGGGUGGCGUCCAGGAGGCAUCCUAAGCAGAUGCCCAAGCCACCUCAACUGGUUCCUCUCGACAUGUAGGAGCAGCGGCUCUACUCCAAGCUCCUCCCGUGUGACCAAGCUCCUCACCCUAUUCCUAAGGGUGCGCCCGGCCACCCUACGGAGGAAGCCCAUUUCAGCCGCUUGUAUCCGCGACCUUGUCCUUUCGGUCAUUACCCAAAGCUCAUGACCAUAGGUGAGGGUAGGAACGUAGAUUGACCGGUAAAUCGAGAGCUUUGCCUUUGGACUCAGCUCCUUCUUUACCACAACGGACCGCAUCACUGCAGACGCUGCACCGAUCCGCCUGUCAAUCUCACGCUCCAUCCUUCCCUCACUCGUGAACAAGACCCCAAGAUACUUGAACUCCUCCACUUGAGGCAGAGACUCAUCACCCACCCGGAGAGGGCAAACCAUCUUUUUCCGGUCGAGAACCAUGGCCUCGGAUUUGGAGGAGCUGAUUCUCAUCCCAGCCGCUUCACACUCGGCUGCAAACCGCCCCAGUGCCUGUUGCAGGUCCUGGCUCAAAGAAGCCAUCAGGACAAUAUCAUCUGCAAACAGCAGAGGUGAAAUCCUGUGGUUCCCAAACCAGACCCCCUCCGGCCCCUGGCUGCGCCUAGAACCUCUGUCCAUAAAUAUAAUGAACAGAACCGGUGACAAAGGGCAGCCCUGGCGGUGUCCAACAUGCACCGGGAACAGGUCUGACUUACUGCCGGCAAUGCGAACACAGCUCCUGCUCCAGUCAUACAGGGACCGGACAGCCCUUAGCAAAGAGCCCCGGACCCCAUACUCCCAGAGCACCCCCCAAAGGACACCACGAGGGACACGGUCGAAUGCCUUCUCCAAAUCCACAAAACACAUGUGGACUGGUUGGGCAAACUUCCAUGAACCUUCGAGGACCCGAUGGAGAGUAUAGAGCUGGUCCAGUGUUCCGCGACCAGGACAAAAACCACACUGCUCCUCCUGAAUCCAAGGUUCGACUAUCGGUCGGAUUCUCCUCUCCAGUACCGUAGAAUAGACCUUACCGGGAAGGCUGAGGAGUGUGAUUCCCCUGUAAUUGGAACACACCCUCCAGUCCCCCUUCUUAUACAGAGGGACCACCACCCCGGUCUGCCAUUCCACAGGUACUGUCCGCCACGCAAUGUUGCAGAGAAGUCUGCCAAGACAGCCCCACAACAUCCAGAGACUUGAGGUACAUUCCUCCCAAUCACGCCCCUCCAAGUUUCACUGUCAUUACCCACAUGGGCAUUGAAGUCCCCCAGGAGAACAACGGAGUCCCCAGUUGGUGCACUAGUAUCUCUCCCAGGGACUCCAAGAAGGCCAGGUACUCCGCACUGCUGUUUGGCCCGUAGGCCGACACAACAGUGAGAGACCUGUCCACGACCCGAAGGCGCAGGGACGCGACCCUCUCGUUCACCAGGGUGAACUCCAACACGCAGCGGCUGAGCUGUGGGGCAAUGAGCAAGCCCACACCAGCUCACUGCCACUCCCCGUGGGCAACGCCAGAGAAAUGGAGAGUCCAACCCCUCUCAAGGCGUUGGGUUCCAGAGCCCAAGCUGUGCGUGGAGGUGAGGCUGACUAUAUCUAGCCGGUAACGCUCAACCUCCCGCACAAGCUCAGGCUCCUUCCCCCCCAGCGAGGUGACAUUCCAUGUCCCCAGAGCUAGCCUCCAUGUCUGGAGAUCCCGUCGUUGAGGUCCCCACCUUCGACUGCCGCCCAGAUCUCUCUGCAUCCGCCCCUCAUGGCUCCUCCCGCAGGUGGUGGGUCCACGGGAGGAGCCGAGCACCCACCCCAAGUCUGGCUCCAGGUUGGGCCCCGGUAACGCCAGUCCGGGCGAUGUAGCUUGCCUUGUUGUUUCUGUCUUCAUGGGGGCUUCUGAAACGCUCUUAGUCAGAACCGUCUCCCAGGACCUGUUUGCCAUGGGUGACCCUACCAGGAGCAUGAAGCCCCCAACAACAUAGCUCCCAGGAUCAUUCGGGUGCUCAAACCCCUCCACCACGUUAAGGUGGCGGUUCGGGGAGGGUUUUUUUUCCAAUCAUUUGAUAUAUUUACAUAGAAACUUAACAGAAAACAGUGUUAAUGCAAAUGAGUGUAAUUUGAAAACGGCUCGUUAAAACAUAAACUUUGAAACAAAUGUAUAGUAAUGCUGGGUCAAGAAAUACAUAAAAAGGCAUGUUUUAGCAAAAAUAUCUUCAGAUUACUAGAAUUGAGAUACAUGUCAGUGUUGACCACUCAAUAUUGUGACAAAAACUAGAUCAAAUUUGACUUGAUAAUUUUCCCAUUUGUUUGUCUUCCGAGCGAUUUUGUGGAUUUUGACAAUUUUACUAGUUAUUACUGCAUCUGAGUUAUUAGUAUGACUUUUAGUAAGAUUUUUGUUUCAUCAAACACAGUUUCAAUAUAAAAUAACAUUGCAUUUUUCCCAUAUCACAUGGUGUCAGUCAAUGCUGAAGCUGAAGUGGGCAUACUGAAAAUGGGGCCAUUGCAACAGAUAUUUUUCUUCCUUUGUUUAUCUAGCUAAUUGUGAUCAAAUUGUUCUAUUAAAAAGGGCCCAACAUAACAACACAAAUGUAAUAUCCUGUUAUGAGACACACAUUAUGUAUGCUCCCUGUCUAUGUGAUAAUUACUUUUUGUAA